GUUGUUUGAUAUCCGAUAUUAACAAUUUAGCUUAUGCGCCGAAGUUAAAGAUAUAAUUUAAGACUAGUAACAGCUUUCUGAAAUAGUUCGUCGAAAUUUGAAUAAAAAUUAAAUUGGUUAUCUUAUUAAAUCCUCAAGCACAUCAACAAAAUGCCCCGUAACUAAUCGGUUUGCCAAAUUGCCACUAGUCAACUCCCAACUGUGGCAACGCCACCCUACAACUAAGGUGGAAGAUAGUGAAAGCAGUUCAUGAUAAAUGCUAAGCGAAAGAGAACUUUCAGUUGUCGGCCAACCUUCUUCGCGUGUUGGGGACAGUUUAUUUCGCACUGUGGAGCAUAGUCUGCCGCCGCGGCACAGUUGUAAAGCGAAAGAACAAACAAACGAGGGAGCAAGGAGCCCGAUCCAUAGCUAACGACAACGACAAGUGAGCUCCCCGGUGUUUGAAUUUGUUGUCUUAGCUAGAGGCAAACACAUUUACAUACCUACCUACAGUGGAGUAUAACUGAGCGAGCGGGCUCGUGUGUGUGUGUCUGUGCAAAGUGAAAUAAUAAAAAGGGAAAAAAUAAUAAAAGUGUAUAGAAUAUAGUAUGUGAAUAAGUAGAGCAAGAAAAUUGCCCAGAGAAGUUCCUGAUCCUAAGUUUUACACAAAUAAUUCAAAUUUCUUAAUCACUAUCAGCAAGAGUGCGAGCUUUCGGCAAAGUGAAGUUGUCGGUUGUUCUUUGUUAUUAUUGCUUAUUAUUGUUAGUCGGUGGUGUGUAGACGGCGCGGCAAAGCGGUACAAAAGUGGGCGUACGAAUAAGCGGGCGUGUCAUUGCUGGUGUAGUUACAGGAUUCGGGGUGAAUAUGGCGCCAGGCGUAUGCGUAACAAGUUUCCGUAUGCUACUGCGACGUACGGAGUUAAGCAGCCAUCUGAGCCGUGGACUGCGGCUGACGCCAACCGCGCCGUACUUGUUGAAUUCGUGGAGCUCCAGGAGAUAUUGUAAACAGAGCAACGACACAUCAAAGGACGAGCAACAACAACGCACAGGCAAAAGUGAAACUGUAAAUGCAAAUGCAGAGCCUUCCGCCAAAGAGAGCACCAUUUUAGCAAAAAGCAUGCAAACACAAAAUUUCAAACCACAUCAAUUGCUUAAAGCAGAUGAAAAUCUCGCAAAAGAGGAGGACCUCGCGACGCUAAAAAUAUCACAGUUGCGCGCCCAGCUGCGUGUACAUGGCUUAAGUCCUGUCGGCAAAAAGGAUGUGUUGCUCCACCGAUUACAAAGCUAUUUACAGCUUAAAGCAGGAAAGCCUACUACUCAAAUUCCACCAAAUACACAAGCGGACGAGGCUAUUGCAACAGUGGAGGAGGAGAAAAUAAUAAACAGCGAAAGAAGAGAAACAGAGAAUAGAUGUGAAGAUCACCAACCUAAAAAAGAGAAAACCAACGAUUUACAACCGGAAAUCACUCCGCUUAUGUACCAAAAUCUCUCAUCCACCCAAUCAACAACAGAGUACGAUGCCAAUAAUGUUGAGCUUGAUAACAAGGACCCGAAUUAUAAAUUCACACACAGCAUUGAGAAAACCGAUAUUUCACCUGCUUCUAUUUCCAACGCUGAAGAGAUUGGGAUAGGUAAUGCUAGUGGCAGAGAAAAUGAUGGCAACGCCGAUUAUUUUAAGAAUAGCUAUUCAAAUCAUUCCACGAAAACACAUUCAACUAAAAACGAAGGUUCACAAAACAAGGGCGAUGUUUACGUUGAAUAUAUACAAGGACUUCCACACCUAACAGUGCCGCUGCCAAGCAGAUUGGAAAAAUGCCGAUUUGCUCUGAGGCCUGUUUCGCACAAAGUUGGCGAUCUUAUCGAAAUGCUGAAAAUUGAAGAUCACGGUAUCGAUCGAGCGGUUGUGCUGAACAAAUGCGGUAUACGAAUAGCGUCCACAUGCGCCAUCGAUAGCCUUAUGGAUGAGCCAUUUUGGCUACAAAUAAAUGAUAACAAAUACGAAGUGAUCCCUCCUAAAAGGAAAAAAAUCGACUCUGAAGACUUAAAGAGGCUUAGUGAUGUUAGAACUUUAGUAGCACAAUUGUAUGAAGCUUUACAUGUCGGCGAAUAUCAUUUGCACAAGGAACAUGAACUAGUGAAAAAAAUAGAAAAUUUAAAAUUUGAAAUAUCACCUCUAGAAAUGGAAAAGCAGGAACUUGCUAAACUAGCGCAACGUAAAACGGUUAUCGCAACAUGGGUGGGACUCAGUUUAAUGGCGGUACAAUUUGGCGUUUUAGCGCGCCUCACUUGGUGGGAAUACUCUUGGGAUAUCAUGGAACCCGUCACAUAUUUUGUUACAUAUGGCACCACAAUGGCUCUGUAUGCUUAUUACUGCCUAACGAAAUCGGAAUACACUUACGAAACAGUUAGAGAUCGUCUAUUCCUGAUUACAAUGCACAAAAAGGCCAAAAGGAAGAGCUUUGACAUCGAAAAGUACAAUCUAUUGAAACGUCAAAUCGCCGAAGCUGAGUAUGACUUACGACGCCUUCGCGAUCCCAUCAACUUGCAACUGCCGCCACACAUUGAUCGUUCGCAACGCUCAAUACCAAUUGAACCACCAACAAGCGGUGGCGAAACACGCCUCCUGACGGCCGUUACGUGUGAAAAGAAACCCGCUAGCUUCCGACUGCCCUUUUUAGAACCAAAAAAUUAGAUUUUUGUAAGAUGAUAUGUAACUUAUCAGUUGAUCGUAUUUACGUAUGUAUGUAUGUAACUAUGUUAGUUCCCCACGGAACACAAUGUGAGUUUCACGUAAGCACAAACUGGCUUUAUGCAAAUAUAAAUACAAAAAAAGUAAAUACAAAUAUUAACGAUAGUAACAUAGUAACGUACCACAUAUAGCUGAAUACAAACAUACAUACACAUACAUACACAACAACUGAAUUUAGUUUUAAGCAGUUCAUGUUGCCCAGUGCGACAUCGUCGCUCGUUCGUUCCUUCGUUUGUUCGUUCGUUUUGUAGUUUCAAUUAUUUCUAUGCGUUUUCAUAUUUAAUUUUAAUGCGAAUUGGUUUUUUUUGACCUUAACCAUUGUAAUAUGCUCAUGCUUGGAAAAGUUUUAAGUGACCUUCUUAUCGUAUGAGUAUCGUAUUGAACGCUUCCUAUACUACAUAUGUAGCUAGACUUAAAUUAUUAUUGCCAAGCAAUUGUUACUUGUUUACCAACACAUUUAUCUGUAUGUAAUAUCUAUGUUAUGAAUGCAUUUAAAGAACUUGCGUGAAAGACCGAAGUUGAAUUAAAUGAAAAACUAGCAAAUCAAAGACGGAAUAACUACUGAAUUGUAGGUACAUAAGUAGUUUUAUUCAACACAGAUGUAUGCUCUCGAGAAUAAGUGCUAAUUCCUACUUCUAUAUAAACAAAUAAUUACUUAGGCACUUCUGUCACACCACAAACUUACAUAAAUUAUUUAUUGAAGAAAUGUAAUUUAGUCUUAGGGGUUCAUUUAAAUAAAUGUUUAUGUUUUAA